GUGCCUUGUCCAUAUUUUGCGGGAAACUAUGGUGAAAUAUUCCAAAAUCCGCCCCUUUCAAGUUCGGUGUCAGCUUGACCUGUGCAGACAUGAGGUGCAUUAUGGCUGCCUACGAGAGGAUAAAUGCUUUUAUGCUCACAGUCUGGUAGAGCUUAAAGUCUGGAUAAUGCAAAAGGAAACAGGUAUUUCACAUGAUGCUAUUGUUCAAGAGUCAAAGAAAUACUGGCAGAACAUGGAAGCCAGUGCACACGGAUCACAGAUCCUUGGGAACCAAAUGAAACACGGAUCACUUAAUUUGAAGAUGAAGUUUGUUUGUGGUCAGUGCUGGAGAAAUGGUCAAGUUAAUGAGCCAGACAGAAACAAAAAAUACUGUAGUGCAAAGGCAAGACACCCGUGGACCAAAGAUCGCCGUGUGGUUCUAGUAAUGUCUAAUGAACGCAAGAAGUGGAUGACCAUUCGUCCUCUUCCUGCAAAGAAACAAGUGCCUCUGCAAUUUGAUUUGUGCAAUCAUAUUGCGUCAGGCAAGAAAUGUCAGUACGACGGGAACUGCUCAUUUGCUCACAGCCCUGAGGAAAGAGAGAUGUGGACCUAUAUGAAGGAGAACAGCAUUCAAGACUUGGAGCAGUUGUAUGACAUAUGGCUAAAAAGUCAGAAAACAGAAAAAGGAGAUGAUGCAGCUGCUCAGGCGAACAAAGAGAACGGGAAGCAAAUUCACAUGCCGACUGACUAUGCUGAAGUUACAGUGGAUUUUCACUGUUGGAUGUGUGGGAAGAACUGUAACAGUGAGAAGCAAUGGCAGGGUCACAUUUCUUCCGAAAAGCAUAAAGAGAAGGUUUUCCACACUGAAGAUGAUCAAAACUGCUGGCAGUAUCGCUUUCCAACCGGAUAUUUUAGCAUUUGUGAUAGGUAUGUGGUUUUUAAGAUGUCAAAAAUGCUGCAAAAUGACAGUUCAUAG